AUGCCCAACACCUGCCAUUCCCUCACCGCUUUAUUUCUCCCUUUUCUUCUUCUCCAUUACUCUGUCACCGCCAGCGGUGUCGUCUCCAAUGCUUUUUCUCCGACGUCACUGCCUUCUCCGACGUUGUCCACCCCCCAACCUCCCCCUCCGACGUCAUCAUCCCGCCCAACCUUCCCCUCCGACCUCGUUGCCCCCUCCGACACCGUCCAGCCCCCAACCUCCCUCUCUGAAGUUGUCCCCCCCUCCGACGACGACACCCCCCAACCUCCCCCUCGGACGCCGUCCACCGCCCAACCCCCUCGUUAG